UCUUUUCACCACUUCUCGGACAUACCAAUCAACCCCACGGCAGAACUCAAACAGGCUUGUUCCAGCUUUUGCUACGCAUAAGAAAGCCUUCAAGAGACUGCUACUACGUCUGAAGCUUCUUCUUAUUUUAAUUUUUUGUUUCUACUCAAAAACCCAAACCCCCCUCUGAACUAAGUUAGUAGCGUUCGCGCUUUUUUGCAUUUUCACCGUUUAUUUCCUUCUAUCUGACAAUUAAAAAAAACCAACAAAAUGGACAGUCUCGUUUCCCCCCUGUCCACCUCCUUCCCUCUUGUUCAGAAUGAAGUCUUAGGACUUCCUCGUGCCCAGUUGCCCAAGGCCUCUGCUUACGAUCCUAAGGAGCCCGUUACCACAGAAUCACCUGCUCUUUACAGCAAGGACGGUGCCAAGUUGAUGACCUUGCAACUCCAGGACGGAAGCGUUUUCCAAGGCUUUGCUUUUGGUGCCGAGCGCUCGGUUUCCGGUGAACUGGUCUUCCAAACCGGAAUGGUGGGUUACCCAGAGUCAUUAACCGACCCCUCGUAUCGCGGCCAAAUUCUCGUCAUCACUUACCCUACUGUUGGUAAUUACGGUGUGCCUGACCGGAAAGUUGAGGACGAGCUCGUGAAGGGAUUGCCAAAAUACUUUGAGUCUAGUCAAAUCCACGUAGCUGCUGUUGUUGUCGCUACCUAUUCGGAAAAUGCGUCCCACUACCUUGCCCACUCCACAUUGGGCGAGUGGUUGAAGGAGCAGGGUGUUCCUGGUGUGUAUGGUGUUGACACCCGUGCUCUCACGAAGAAGAUUCGUAAUGAGGGUUCGAUGCUUGGCCGCUUGCUGAUGCAGCGUGAGGCUGCUCCCCUCGACCCUGCCGUUACGAUUGGUCAGGGUGAGUCCUGGGCCAAGUACUUUGAAGACAUUGAGUGGGUCAAUCCCAACAGUCAAAACUUGACUGCUCUUGUUUCCAUUAAGAAACCUACUUUGUACACCCCUAGCUCCGAAACUGCCCUUCGCAAGCCUGACGGUUCGGUUUACCGCAUUUUGGCAAUUGACGUUGGCAUGAAGUUCAAUCAGAUCCGCUGCUUCGUUCGUCGUGGUGUCGAGCUUAAUGUUGUUCCUUGGGACUAUGACAUCAGUGCGGAACAGUACGACGGUCUUUUCAUCAGCAACGGUCCCGGUGACCCGUCGCUCAUGGAUGCUGUUGUGAAGCGCGUCAAGGCUGUGAUUGAUGCUAAGAAGGUUCCCGUUUUUGGUAUUUGUUUUGGUCACCAGAUUCUCUCCCGUGCCUCCGGUGCUAAGACUCUGAAAAUGAAGUUCGGUAACCGUGGUCACAAUAUCCCUUGCACUUGCAUGGUUUCUGGCCGGUGCUACAUUACAUCUCAAAAUCACGGUUAUGCCGUUGAUGCCAAAACACUGACUGGUGGUUGGAAGGAACUUUUCGUUAACGCCAACGACGGUUCUAAUGAAGGUAUUUAUCACGAAACUCUUCCCUUCUUCUCUGUGCAAUUCCACCCUGAGUCUACUCCUGGUCCUCGUGACACCGAGUUCCUCUUCGAUGUUUUUCUCAAGGCGGUGCAACGUUGCACCGAGGCCGGCCAACUUUUGCCUAUUGAAAUGCCCGGUGGAAAUGUUGCUGAAAACAAAAACGCUCAUCCUCGCGUUGAUGUUAAGCGUGUCCUUAUUCUUGGUAGCGGUGGCUUGUCCAUCGGCCAAGCUGGUGAAUUUGACUACUCUGGUAGUCAAGCAAUUAAGGCUUUGCGCGAGGAGGGUAUCUACACAAUUCUCAUCAACCCCAAUAUUGCUACUAUUCAAACCUCGAAGGGUCUUGCCGACAAGGUGUACUUUUUGCCUGUGAACGCUGAAUUUGUUCGCAAGGUCAUUAAGCAAGAACGUCCUGAUGCUAUCUAUGUGACAUUUGGUGGUCAGACUGCUCUCAAUGUUGGUAUCGAGCUGAAGGAUGAGUUCGAGUCUUUGGGUGUAAAGGUAUUGGGUACUCCCAUUCAGACCAUUAUCACUACCGAGGAUCGUGAGCUCUUUGCUCGUGCCAUGGAUGAGAUCAACGAGAAGUGUGCCAAAUCGGUUACCGCAUCUAGUGUUGAGGAGGCUCUUGCUGUGUCGAAGAAGAUUUCUUUCCCUGUUAUUGUUCGUUCUGCUUAUGCUUUGGGUGGUCUCGGUUCUGGUUUUGCAGACAACGAGCAAGAACUGGUUGAGAUUUGCUCUAAAGCCUUCGCUACCAGCCCUCAAGUGUUGAUCGAGCGCAGUAUGAAGGGAUGGAAGGAGAUUGAGUACGAGGUUGUUCGCGAUGCCUAUGACAACUGCGUUACCGUUUGUAACAUGGAAAACUUUGACCCUCUUGGUAUUCACACUGGUGACUCCAUUGUUGUUGCUCCUUCCCAGACUUUGUCUGAUGAAGACUACAACAUGCUUCGUACUACCGCUGUUAAUGUCAUUCGUCACUUGGGCGUCGUUGGUGAAUGCAACAUUCAAUACGCCUUGAACCCUUUCUCUAAAGAGUACUGCAUUAUUGAGGUCAAUGCUCGUCUUUCUCGUUCUUCCGCUUUGGCUUCAAAGGCAACUGGCUACCCUCUGGCUUUCACUGCUGCUAAGCUUGGUCUCAAUAUUCCCUUGAACGAGGUUAAGAACAGUGUUACUAAGGUAACCUGUGCUUGUUUCGAACCAAGCUUGGACUACGUUGUUGUGAAAAUUCCUCGCUGGGAUUUGAAGAAGUUUACUCAUGUAAGCAGCACAUUGAGCUCGUCCAUGAAAUCUGUUGGUGAAGUGAUGAGUAUCGGUCGCAGCUUCGAGGAAGCUAUUCAAAAGGCUAUCAGAGCCAUCGACUACAGCAACCUCGGCUUCUCUCCCAAGGAUGCUUUGAUGUCCUUGGACCAGGAGCUUCAAACCCCUUCGGACCAGCGUCUUUUCGCUAUCGCCAAUGCCAUGGCCGCAAAUUACUCUGUUCAACGUAUUUGGGAGCUUACGAAGAUUGACAAGUGGUUCUUGGAAAAGCUUAUGGGUCUUGUCCGCUUCGAACGUGAGUUGCGUAACUACAACAUUGCUUCUCUUCCUGUUGGUGUUAUUAAGACUGCUAAGCGUCUUGGUUUCUGUGAUGCUCAAAUUGCAUCUUGCAUUAACUCGAACGAGCUUGCCGUUCGUCGUAUCCGUACCGAAAACAAUAUUUUGCCUUUUGUCAAGCAAAUUGAUACCGUUGCUGCUGAAUUCCCUGCUUGCACGAAUUACCUUUACACCACUUACAAUGCCGUUGAGCACGAUGUAACGUUCGAAGAUCACGGUGUGAUGGUUUUGGGUUCAGGUGUCUAUCGCAUUGGUUCUUCCGUUGAGUUCGAUUGGUGUGCUGUUCGCACUGUUAACACUCUUCGUGAACACGGUAUCAAGACCAUUAUGGUUAAUUACAACCCCGAGACCGUUUCUACCGAUUAUGACGAAGCUGACAGACUGUACUUUGAGAACAUUAACCUUGAAACUAUUUUGGAUAUUUACCAAUUGGAGUCAUCUUCUGGCGUUGUUGUCUCCAUGGGUGGUCAGACCCCUAACAACAUUGCUCUUCCCUUGCAUCGUGAGAAUGUCAAGAUUUUGGGUACUUCACCUGAAAUGAUUGACUCGGCUGAGAAUCGUUUCAAGUUCUCUCGUAUGCUCGACAACAUUGGUAUCGAUCAACCAGCAUGGAAGGAGCUCACUAGCUUUGAAGAAGCCGAGGCUUUCUGCGACAAGGUGUCGUACCCCGUACUUGUUCGUCCUUCGUACGUUCUUUCGGGAGCUGCGAUGAACACGGUGUACUCUCAAGGUGAUUUGCAUACUUUCUUGAAGCAGGCUGCUGCUAUCAACAAGGACCAUCCUGUUGUUAUCUCUAAGUACAUUGAGAACGCAAAGGAAAUCGAGUUCGACGGUGUUGCCGUAGACGGCAAGAUGGUCAUGCAUGUUAUUUCUGAGCAUGUUGAGAAUGCCGGUGUUCACUCUGGUGAUGCCACGUUGGUUCUCCCCCCACAAGAUCUCGACCCUGAGACUAUUCAUCGUAUUAGAGAUGCUGCUGCCAAGAUUGGUGAUGCUCUGAACAUUACUGGUCCUUACAACAUUCAAUUCAUUGCUAAGGAUAACGCAAUUAAGGUAAUUGAGUGUAACGUUCGUGCAUCGAGAUCGUUCCCCUUCGUGUCUAAGGUUAUGGGUGUUGAUCUCAUUGCUAUGGCUACUAAGGCCAUUGUGGGUAUUCCCAUUGAACCUUACCCCGAGGUUGCCAUUCCUCGUGACUAUGUUGCGGUUAAGGCCCCUCAAUUUAGUUUCAGUCGUCUUUCUGGCGCCGACCCCGUCCUUGGUGUGGAAAUGGCUUCUACUGGUGAGGUUGCUUGCUUCGGUCGCAAUAAGUUUGAGGCCUACAUGAAGGCCAUGAUCUCUACCGGCUUCAAGGUUGCUAAGAAGAAUGUUCUCUUCUCCAUUGGUUCUUAUAAGGAGAAGAUGGAGCUUUUGCCCUUCGUUAAGAAGUUGUAUGACACCGGAUCUUGUAUCUUCGCCACUGCUGGUACCUCUGACUUCCUCUCUGAGAACGGCGUUCCUUGCAAGUACCUUGCUGUGCUUCCUGAUGCCGAUGACAACGAGUUCUCUUUGACUGCUCACUUGGCUAAAAAUUUGAUUGAUUUGUACAUCAACUUGCCUUCUGGUAACCGUUAUCGCCGCCCUGCCAACUACAUCAGCAGCGGUUACAAGAGUCGUCGUAUGGCAAUUGAUUACCAAGUACCCUUGGUUACCAACGUUAAAUGCGCCAAGCUUUUGAUUGAGGCCAUGGUCCGUAACACUUCUCUGGAUAUCAGCUCGGUAGACUUCCAAAGCAGUUUCACCACUCUUAACUUGCCCGGUCUCAUUAAUGUUGCUGGUUACAUUCCUUCUUACACUUCUGAGAAUAUUGAGGCGUAUACCAAGGAAUCUUUGGCUGCUGGCUUCACAAUGGUCAGAUUUUUGCCGUUCAGCGCUGAGUCUCUCAUUUCUGAGAGCGAUGCAUUGAGCUCUGCUAAGCAAGCCGCCUCAAAGCACGCUCACUGUGAUUACAACUUCUCGGUAAUUGCCGCUUCUACAAAUGAAGAGGCCAUCUCUCAACUGAGUCGUGAGUCCGGUUGCUUGUUCUUCCACUUUGCCGGCAUGAGUCAUGACAUUGACCAGCUUGCUGCUGUUGCCUCACAUUUCAGUAUGUGGCCUGCUGAUCAAACUAUUAUGACAGACGCUCAGUCUACGACCUUGCCUUCCGUUUUGUUGUUGGCUAGCUUACAUAAUCGUCGCAUCCAUGUUACUAAUGUUUGCCGCAAGCAAGACAUGGAUCUUAUUGUUUUGGCCAAGGAAAAGAAGCUUCCUGUUACCUGCGAUGUUUCGGUUUACAGUCUGUUCGUUUCCAGGGAGGAGUUCCCUAGUGUUAGUUUCUUGCCCUCUGCUGAGGAUCAAGCCGAGCUUUGGAACAAAUUGCCCUACAUUGACUGCUUCUCGAUUGGUGAUGUUCCCGCUCGUUUGGCUAAGGAAUUGGGACAAGAUGUGGAUGUUGGAUUCGGUGUUUCCGAGGCCCUUCCUCUCCUCUUCACCGCUGUUCAGGAUGGACGCCUGUCAAUUAAGGAUGUGACUGAUCGUUUCUACACCAACCCUAAGACAAUUUUCCGACUUCAUGAUCAAGACAGUUCGUCUUUGGAGGUCGAAAUUGAUCGCGAGUUCACCUACUCUCCUUCCUCUUGGUCUCCCUUCUCGUCGAAGAAACUUUGUGGUGUCGUUCAAUCAGUUCACUUUGACGAGACGAACGUUUUCUUCGAUGGCCAAUUCAACCUGGAUAACACUUUCGGCCGUGAUUACUCUAACUCUGGACUGGUUACGGAGACUGAGCCCGCUCAUGCAUUCAGUGAUCUCAUGAGUCCUAGACCUCAAAAGUUUGUUCCUUACAAGAACGAAGCCGCCAAAAUCUCUCUUAAUGACCUUCCCUUGGAAGUCACCCCCAAGGUUGAUGCCACUAGUGAGCUUGUUCGUUUGAUUAACAGCUCUCCCUUCUUGCACAAGCACGUACUCUCUGUUCGUCAAGUGUCCCGUUCUGACCUUCACUUACUUUUCAACAUUGCUCACCAUGUCCGUGUCCUUGUUGAACGUCAAGGCGUUAUCAACCUUUGCACAGGAAAACUUCUUUGCAUCAUGUUCUUUGAGCCUUCGACCAGAACCUCUUCUUCGUUUGAUGCUGCCAUGAAGCGUUUGGGUGGUAAGGUUGUUGCUGUCACUGCUAGUGCUUCGAGUGUGAACAAGGGUGAGUCUCUCGCUGAUACUAUCCGUACGUUGGCUUGUUAUGGUGAUGCUCUUGUCCUCCGUCAUCCUUCGAUUGAGAGUGCUCGUAUUGCUGCUGACUUUUCUCCUGUUCCUGUCAUCAAUGGUGGUAAUGGUUCUCAGGAGCAUCCUACUCAAGCCUUCCUUGAUCUUUACACCAUUCGUGAGGAACUUGGCAGUGUCAAUGGCCUCACUAUCACAUUCAUUGGUGAUCUGAAGUAUGGACGUACUGUUCAUUCCUUGGUCAAGUUGCUUGCUUUCUGGCAAGUGAAGAUCAACCUUGUCUCUCCCGUGCAAUUGGCUCUUCCUGACGAAAUUGUUGAGGAGAUCAAGUCUAAGAAGUUGCAAUUUUCUGUCCAUACUGAGUUGACUCCAGAGGUUGUUGGUCAAUCCGAUGUUCUUUACUGUACUCGUGUGCAGAAGGAGCGUUUCCCUAGCGUUGAGGAGUACGAGCGUCUUAAGGACUCCUUCAUUAUUGACAACAGUGUUCUCGCUUGGGCUAAGCCUAACUGCAUUGUUAUGCAUCCUCUUCCUCGUAAUCGCGAGAUUAAUGAGGAGGUCGAUUUUGACCAGAGACGUGCUGCCUACUUCCGCCAAAUGCGCUAUGGCCUGUACAUUCGUAUGGCUCUCUUGGCUUGUGUCUUGGGUGUCAACUAGAGUCACAGCAGUGUUUUGAUUGCUGCUUCUUGUUUAUAAGUUCAGGAAGAAAGGUAUAUGGUAAGGUCUUUCCGCGAAAUGUCUCUUUUGGAUUUUAAAAAAUAUGGUUUUUUGAACUUGGAUUGCUGGUUAUUAUUUCUGCAGUGUAUCUUCUAUUCACGUUUAGGCAAUUCAAAUUAAGUAGAAUUCUUCGAUAAGUUAUUUCUCUAAUAUACGAUCGUAUACACACGCUUGAGUUGUUGCGUGUCACGAUCAUUUUUGCUGCGUAGACCAUCGUAUCUUGGUACUUACGCAGUUCAUUUUGUUUAGGUUAUUUAGGAUCUUAGGUUUGUUCUUUUAGGUGUACUUUUAGUUUCGUUUUAUAGGCUUUUUAUUUUCGUUUCAGUCUUUGGGUUUAUUUAAUAGGAUAUUUAUUUAUUUCGUUU